AUGUCCAUAUCGAGAGUCAUCCGCCCCCUUCUGCGCCGAGCGCCUCUCGCCGCCGCCGCUCCCCGCCGCUUUCUCAACACCGACAACGCGCCAGUGCUCUACUCUGCCCACGCCCGAACCAUUGGCGCCCGCAAUGGCCACGUCGAAGGAAGCGAGGGCCUCAAGAUGGACUUAGGCAUGCCCAAGGGCCUCGGUGGCCCCGGCGGCCCCGGCAAGACCAACCCGGAGGAGCUGUUCGCGGCCGGCUAUGGCGCGUGCUUCCAGUCGGCCAUGGGUCUGGUCGCCUCGCAGCUUGGCAUCAAGAUGCCGUCCAAGACCGAGGACAGCGUCAUCGAGACGACGGUUCACAUGGUGGGCGACCUGAAGAAGGCGGAUCUGGGCUUACGGGUCGAGAUGCUCGUCAAGGUCAAGGGCGUCGAGCAGGGGGAGCUGGAGAAGCUGGUGGAGGAGACCAAGAAAACGUGCCCGUAUAGCCGCGCGACGCAGGGCAAUAUUUCCACGAACAUCAAAGUCGAGUCCUUGUAA